CGUAUGGAUCUGGAAAUCUCACCUUUUUUUUUUUUUCCUUUUAUGGGAUUUUUAUAGACAGCAGUGGAAGGAAAAAGCAGAACUAAGACUUCCUGGUUUUAAACAUUGAGAGCUUUGUGGACCAAACCAGCAGCUGAAGGACCAAACUGUCUGAAGAUCCAGUGACAAAAUGCCAGAGAAAUCAUUACAUUUCCACAGAUUAUGAAACAUGGGAAAUGUUGAGAGCCAGAACGGGGACCAUGCCCUUUACGGUAAUGGACGUGGCUAUUUGUCACGCAAGCACAUGUCUCGGUCUCUCCGUAUCUCCAACAAGCAGUCGCGGCGCUCUCGCCACGCUUCGUCGGGGAAAAUAGAGCACAGGAACUCUGAGACGAGCACACGCUCCAGCAGCACCCCCAGCAUCCCUCAGUCCCUGGCCGACAAUGGGCUGGAACCGUUCAACGAGACAAAUAUCCUCCCCGACUUUGGUAGCCCCAUUUGGGUGGACCGGGUGGCCAUGAAUCUGCGGCCUGUCUCCUUCCACAAUGAGCUGGCGAGUCCUUCGGCGCACAUGAAUGCCAUGCACAUAACUCUACCUGGCCCCAUGGCAGAAGAGGUGCAAGACCAUGAUGACUACGCGGUGAAGUACAUCCAGAAAACCCCGGAGACUUCCAAGGAGACCGUCAGCUUCAAGAAAAGGUCUAAAUCUGCAGACAUGUGGCGAGACGACAGCCUGGAGUUCUCCCUCUCCGACGUCAGUCAGGACCACUUGACCAGCACGGAGGAGAUCAUAGACAUGUCCAACGAGAGGGACUUCACGGACUGUGAGGGCCGCCUGCAGUCCAGCCCCCCAGACCCCAGCGACAGGGCCAACUCCCUGGACGAGCUGUACCGGCAGCCCAGCCCGGGCCGCAGGCAGCCGCUCGGACGCUACGCCAAGUGGCACGACAGCAGCAGGGCUGCCCGGGACGGCGAGGACGAUAAGAUGCUGUCCCCUUCAGAGGAGGAGGGAAACACGUACGGGGCGUACACGCUGCCCUGCCGGCGGUCUCACUGCCUGUCUGAAGGCCUGAGCAGCCAUCAGGCUGCACUGUGCACCAGCAUGCAGGGCCGGAGGGCCAAGACUAUACAGGAUGUCACGGGCGGCGAGGGGAGCGAGUAUGAGGACAGCGGCAUCGACGGGGUCACGGCGGAGGCGGAGCACCAGUCCCGGCGCUACAAGACCAUGUCGGCCUCCUUCUCCGUGUGCUCGGUGCACGGCAGGGGCAUGUUCGCCGGCAGCGACAGCGGAAGCAGCAGCGGCGGCGGCGGGGCCAACGAGUGCGUGCAGGGCGUCUACGAGAACUUCCGGCAGGAGCUGGAGAUGAGCUCCUGCCAGACGGAGAGCCUGGAGGAGGCGGGGUCGGCCCUGAGCGACGAGCAGAGCACCAUGAGCUCCGCCUACCAGUCGGACCUGCUGCUCAGCGUCGUCCAAGGGAUGGUGCGCAAAGCCGGCAAGCUCGCCGUCAAGAACUUCCUCGUGCAUAAGAAGAACAAGAAAGUCGAGUCGGCCACAAGACGCAAGUGGAAGAGUUACUGGGUGUCCCUGAAAGGUUGCACUCUGUUCUUCUAUGAAACCGAUGGUCGUUCAGGGAUUGACAACAACAGUAUUCCCAAGCACGCCAUCUGGGUAGAGAACAGCAUUGUCCAAGCUGUACCAGAGCAUCCAAAGAAGGACUUUGUGUUCUGCCUUAGCAAUUCCCUCGGAGAUGCUUUUUUGUUCCAGACCUGCAGCCAGACGGAGCUGGAGAACUGGAUCACGGCCAUCCACUCGGCGUGCGCCACCGCCGUCGCCCGCCAGCACCACCGGGAGGACACGGUCCGGCUCCUCCGCGCCGAGAUCAAAAAGCUGGAGCAGAAGAUCGACAUGGACGAGAAGAUGAAGAAGAUGGGGGACAUGCAGCUGUCGGCUGUCACCGACACCAAGAAGAGGAAGACCAUCCUGGACCAGAUCUUCUUGUGGGAGCAGAACCUGGAGCAGUUUCACAUGGAUCUCUUUCGAUUCCGAUGCUACCUGUCCAGCCUGCAGGGAGGAGAGCUCCCCAACCCCAAACGCCUGCUGGCUUUCGCCUCUCGCCCCACCAAGCUGGCAAUGGGCCGACUGGGAAUAUUCUCAGUCUCUUCCUUCCAUGCACUGGUGGCCGCUCGCACGGAGACGGGAGUGCGGCGGCGAACGCAGGCCAUGUCUCGUUCCUGCAGCAAGCGCAAAAGCAGGUUCUCGUCCCUGUGGGGUCUCGACACUACCUCAAAGAAAAAGACUAAAGCCCAUCCCACUGUGAGCCAGGUGUUUGCUGAUGGCGACGAGCCGACGAAAAAGUCUGCAGAUGGCUUAUAUGCCAAUCCUGCAAAGGAAAACACAAAAAGCGAGGAGGGGACGGUGAAAAGCCUUCCUCGGCCCAGCACAGAGAGCGACAUCUGGGUGCCCGACCACCUGACCCCGUCCUGGGUUUGUCUUCCAAACGACCAGCCUGUUCUGACCAUCAUCCAGCCCGGGGAGUCGGCACUGUGUGUUCUGGAAACCAUCUGCAAGGCUCAUCUGCUCGAUCCCACAAAGCACUACCUGCGGUUGAAAUUCCUCAUUGAAAACCAAGUGCAAUUUUACAUUCCCAAACCAGAGGAGGAUAUCUGCGACUUGCUUUACAAAGAAAUCGAACUCUGCUCAAAAAUAACAAAGAUCAUCCAGUUUGACAGAGAUGAGUCCUGCAUGAUUGGUUACGGUUUCUCCAUUUCAGUGGUUGAGGAGGACGGGAUACAGCAGCUCUACAUCACUGAUGUGAAGGCAGGGGGAUUAGCCUUCGCUAAAGGUCUGAAUGCAGGAGACGAAAUCCUCCAGCUGAACGGGAAAGACUCGUGCAGCCUGAAUUUCUCCGACAUGAAGGCCGCGUUCUCCCAGGCCUCGCUGGCCCUGAUGGUCUACACGCUGCCCUCCGUGGACCGCCGCCAGCUCUGCUACCUGCCGCCGCGCCGCUCCGACGCAGAGGAGGACCUCUACACCGACAUCUUCUCCCAGAGCCAAGAGGAAAUCCUGGAUGAUGGCGUGGGACUGCUGCUGGAGAGCUCAGGAGACAGCCUGGACGACGACUCGGAGAUAUUCAGCGAGUUCGACGAGUGCAGAAAAAGUACGGAGCAGGUCGCCGCUUUCUGCCGCAGUCUCCAUGACAUGAACCCUUCGGAGUGCGUGUCCUCCUCGCCCAGCCCGGACUCCCCGUUCCCGCCGCCCGCCGCUCUCCGGCAGCUUUCCGACGCCGACAAGCUCCGCAAAGUCAUCUGUGAACUGGUGGAAACCGAACGCACCUAUGUCAAAGAUCUCAACUGCCUCAUUGGAAGAUAUUUAACCCCCCUGCAGAAAGAACCCUUCCUCACUCAGGAUGAGCUGGAUGUGCUGUUUGGAAACUUGCCAGAAAUGGUGGAGUUCCAAGUGGAGUUUCUCAAGACGCUGGAAGACGGAACCCGCCUGGUGCCGGAUCUGGAGAAGCUGGAGAGCGUGGAUCAGUUUAAGAAAAUCCUCUUCUCCCUGGGAGGCUCCUUCCUCUACUAUGCAGACCGUUUUAAGAUCUACAGCGCCUUCUGUGCCAGCCACACCAAAGUCCCUAAGGUCCUCGUGAAGGCUAAAACUGACCCCAAUUUCAAGGCUUUCCUGGAUGAGAGGAACCCCAAGCAGCAGCACUCCUCCACCCUGGAGUCGUACCUGAUCAAACCCAUCCAGAGGGUGCUGAAGUAUCCCCUCCUCCUGAAGGAGCUCUACUCGCUCACAGACCCAGACAGCGAGGAGCACUACCAUCUGGACGUUGCCAUGAAAGCCAUGAACAAAGUCGCCAGCCACAUCAACGAGAUGCAGAAGAUCCACGAGGAGUUCGGAGCCGUGUUCGAUCAGCUCAUCACCGAGCAGAGCAGCGAGAAGAAAGAGGUUGCUGAUCUGUCGAUGGGAGACCUGCUCCUCCACAACACUGUGACCUGGAUCAACCCGCCUGCCUCCUUAGGAAAAUGGAAGAAAGAGCCUCAGAUGGCGACAUUCGUGUUCAAAACAGCAGUGGUGUUUGUUUGCAAAGAGGGAUCCAAGCAGAAGAAGAAGAUGGGUGGCUCCCAUCGCGUCUCCAUUUCUUCAGAAGAUAAAGAUCCUUUCCGAUUCCGUCACAUGAUCCCAACCGAUGCCCUUCAGAUCAGAUCCAUGGCCAAUGCGGACGGCGAGGGCUCCUCGGUGUGUGAGAUCGUCCACACCAAAUCAGAGUCGGAGGGCAGGCCUGAGAGGACGUUCCACCUGUGCUGCAGCUCCCCAGAGAGCAGAAAGGAUUUCCUGAAGACGGUCCACUCAAUCUUAAGGGAGAAGCAUCGCCGGCAGCUUCUGAAAACGGAGAGUUUGCCCCUCAGCCAGCAGUACGUGCCCUUUGGAGGGAAGCGGCUCUGCGCUCUGAAGGGAGCCCGGCCCGUCAUAAAUAGAGCAGCAUCCGCCCCGACCAGGACACUGGGCAGGAGGAAGCUGGUGCGCAACCGCUUCACCAUCGACACCGACAUCGUCUUCGACGGGGAGCCGGACCAGCAGGAUCCGGCUUCUCCACAGGAGCCCGACUCCAAGCGGCCGCAGACGGAGGCCGACCCGGACGAGCAGCAGCAGCAGUCGGAGCUGUCGGGCGACACGGACCGCUGGGUGGAGGAACAGUUCGACCUGGAAGAGUACGAAGACCCCGAGGAGGUGAAAGAGACGGACAUCCUCAGCGACGAAGACGACGAGUUCUGCCAGACGCCCAGGGCGUCGUCCUCCGAGGCCGGCCUGGAGUCCCCCAUCAUGGCCCUGUCCUUGGAGGGGGCGGAGACGGAGGAGAGCGAGAGCCUUAAGUCGCCGUCAGUCAGCGAGACUCCUGACGAGAUGAAGCUGUCCGACACGGAGCUGCAGGGCGCCGCGGCCGACGACACCGAGGAAGAUCACAAUCAGACGGGGAAGGAUGAGAUCUGGGUGCGACGGGAGCAAUCAGGUUCCACGUAAGAGCUGAGGAGGAAGUCGGAUCAGGCUUCGACAGCUUUACACGAGCUCCAUUACGAUCAGUCAUCACCAACAAUGCAUGGGCAUUGAUGUAUAUCGCACAGCUAGUAGAAGAUAUAUCCCUCUUUAACGUACUUAUGCUGAAUGCUUUCUGUACAGGUUAGUGGAGCAAUACAGGAAUCCAGAGCGAGGGAGCUUCGUCCCAAAUCAAAUGCUGUGACAGAGGUGGAGUGUGAGCUUGGAGUGAGGAACUAAUGGUACAAUCAUGGAGUCUAAUCAGUUUGCUUUGAUUGGCAUGGUUUGCACAUUUGGGCAGCAUACUAUAGUCCUGCCUGCUGUUGCCAAAUUUGGGUAUUGUAAGAACAUUAAUAUUUGUUUUGUUUUUUUUUCGUCUGUGUGACUCAGAGAUAUUAUCAUAGUUAAGGGCUGUAUAUUAUUUGUCCUUAAAUAGAAUAAUUAAUUGCAAAAGGACAGUUUUGUCUUGCAUAGUUUACUUGUACAUCUUCACAUGGAUAUACAGUGACAUGUUUGGGAACAGAUUUGCUUAGUAUGUACAAUAUAUGAUUUGUAUCUCUUGUUUUAAAGACUAAAUACAUGUGUUUUUAGUCUGUAAGAUAUUUUGUUUAUUCUCUUAUUAUUGAUUUAUGUAAUAGCCUCUCAGAAGCAGGGGGGGGGGGAUUUUUAAUUUGUUUUAAUUUAACGUAAUCCUGUUUUACUUGAAUUUAUAUUUGCUGUUUCAUGCGUCUUUUGUUUACUGUGAAAACAUUUUAGAUUUGCUUUUUCAGUAUUGCUACUCAUUCAGUAACUCUCCACACACAUAUAUACACUCUAUAUUGUAGAUAAUUUACACAUCAGCUGCAUUAGAAGAAUCGUCAUGUGCAGAAACACUGUUCACUGGUAAUGGUAAUUUUAUUUAUUCAUUUGUAUCAUAAUUUCUUAGCAUCAAACUGCUAAAAUAAACAUUUUUUUUUUCCCACCAAGAAAGUCCAAAUUUGCUCAAGCAAUCAAGGGAGAAAGACUUGUAGUAUGCCUGAAGAGUGGAAGAAGUCAUAAUUGUACACAACUCAUUGUGCUACUAAGACUGCAUUUUUAUUACUGUGUGUAUAUAGAAAAUGUAUUGAUAUCAUAAUAAAUACAGUUGUUUCCUACUUAAAAUUCAA